AGCGCUGCGGUAAAGGCGUUUUGUAAAGCAUGUUGGAAAACGGUGAACACUUUUUUGAGGGGGUUGAAAAACUCCUGGAAAUUUGGUUCGAGGAAAGCCCCAACAGCGAGAAUGAUCUGCGUAACAUUAGCAGAUCUGACUGGGAAAACUUACUAAGCAAUGUCAACUGUGAAAUAAUCAGCUUUUUUAAAAACGAUGCUAUAGAUGCUUUUGUGUUAAGUGAGAGCAGCAUGUUCGUUUCAAAGCGAAGAUGGAUUCUUAAAACUUGUGGAACAACAACUCCUUUAAAAUGUUUAAGUCUCUUGUUAAAAUUGGCAGAGGCCAACGGAUUUGAGGUGGUUUCAGACUUGUUCUAUUCACGAAAGAAUUUUACUAGACCCGAAGCACAGAUAACUCCACAUCAAGGCUUCACCGAAGAGGUUACUUUUCUGGACUCUAUUUUUCCGAACGGAAGAUCCUACUGUCUAGGUUCAAUGAACUUGGAGUGUUGGUAUCUCUAUACAUUCAGUCGUUCUGAUGUCAACAUUUCUCCCCAACACAUAACGGAUGAUAAAGGCGUUGACUCUGAUCCAGAUCAGACUAUUGAAAUACUUAUGCAAGACCUAGAUCCUGAAACCAUGUCGAUAUUUUACAAAAAUCGAUUUGAUAACGCUCAUGGGGCCACUGUGGAAUCUGGAAUCGAUACAAUUUUGCCGAACAUGCAUAUUGAUGAUUUUCUAUUUGAUCCUUGCGGAUAUUCCAUGAAUGGAAUUAAUAAUAAGGGGGAGUACAUGACGAUUCACAUCACUCCGGAAAAUCAGUUUUCGUAUGUGAGCUUUGAAACUAAUGUUGCGUUGAGUAACUAUAGGAAACUUAUUAACCAAGUUAUCAACACAUUUAAACCGGGCAAAUUUGUUGUGACUAUUUUCGCUAAUAAGUGCUCUCUGGCCUACGAAACAAUGAAGGAUUUGGAAGUCGAAUACUCCAAGGAAUCGGAUUGGAAACGAACGGACAUGCAAUGUUGUAAUUUUCCAUCUUACAACCUUCUUUUCGCUCAAUAUUCUUUAAAUGAAAAAAAUGGUGAUAACUUAUGAAAUUCGAAUUCCAAGAUUUAUUGUGAUUGUUUUACGUAUGUGUAACCAUACUUAAGUUCGUUUGUUAUUGAUUAUUCAAAAUAAAGGUCCAUUAAACGAAA